GGGAAUUGCUAGAGACCCGGCGAAUACCGGGUUGUCAUGGAGUCGUGGGGCCCGGCUCGCGCAUGCGCUGGCUGACCCGCCGGGCUGGUGGUGGAGCGGCGACCCUGGCCGUAGAGCAGUCCAUAUGCGAAGAUCACCUGUGGUCCAGCUCCCCGCACACUGACCAUGGAGAGGAAAAUGCCAUCCAGAGAGAGCCCCCGAAGGCUCUCUGCCAAGCCAGGCCGAGGCCCAGAGGUGAAAAGAGUAGCUCGACCGCUCGGCGUGGCGGCUGCCGACUCAGACAAGGACUCUGGCUUUUCAGAUGGGAGCUCAGAAUGCUUGAGCUCUGCAGAGCAGAUGGAAUCAGAGGACGUGCUGAGUGCCUCAGGCUGGAGCAGAGAGGACAGGCUGCAGCCCAACUCCAGAGCUGCAAACAGUGCCUUCCCCGCGCUGUCCCCGAUGGUGGUCAUGAAGAAUGUGCUGGUCAAGCAGGGCAGCAGCUCAUCCCAGCUCCAAUCCUGGACUGUCCAGCCCUCCUUUGAAGUGAUCUCAGCGCAGCCACAGCUCUUCGUCCUUCACCCGCCGGUGCCAUCUCCUGUCAGCCCCUGCCACACUGGUGAGAAAAAGUCAGAUUCCAGAAACUACUUGCCCAUUCUCAAUUCUUACACCAAAAUAGCCCCUCAUCCAGGCAAAAGGAGUCUCUCCCUCAGCUCAGAAGAAAGAGGAGCAAGUGGGGUACCGAAAAAAAUCUGUAAGGAGAGACUGGGACCAGUCCAGUCUUCCAGCGAGCCAGCCACGUCUGGCCCUGUGCUCUCCAGUCCUUCCACUCCAGCCCCACCCAGCUCCAAACUCACCGAGGACUCAGCGCUGCAAGGAGUGCCCUCCCUGGGGGCUGGUGGGAGUCCACAGACUCUUCAGCCCGUGUCCAGUAGUCACGUGGCUAAAGCUCCCAGUCUGACCUUCGCUUCGCCCGCCAGUCCUGUGUGUGCCUCUGACAGCACUCUGCACGGCCUGGAGAGUAGCUCCCCUCUUUCUCCGCUCUCAGCGAGUUACAGCUCACCGCUCUGGGCCGCAGAGCAGCUCUGCCGCAGCCCAGACAUCUUUUCAGAGCAGAGGCAGAGCAAGCACAGGCGCUUCCAGAAUACCUUAGUGGUCCUCCACAAGUCUGGUUUGCUGGAAAUUACUUUGAAAACCAAGGAGUUGAUUCGUCAGAACCAAGCAACUCAGGCGGAACUAGACCAGCUGAAGGAGCAGACCCGGAUGUUUAUAGAGGCCGCCAAGAGCAGGGCUCCCCAGGCGUGGGCCAAGUUGCAGGCCUCACUAACAUCUGGAUCCAGUCACUCAGGCAGCGAUCUAGACGCAUUGUCUGAUCACCCAGACAUCUAGCACAGGCGUUUUUCAGUUACUUGGUGGUUCUUUUACACUCCUACUCUCUCCACUUGUUUUCCACAGCCUAUUUAAGAGCUUUCUUUCUAAACUCACUCACAAAGCCACGUGCCAGUCCCUGGCUGCCGUCUUAAUCUGUGGUUCACACACAGGUUAAAUACAUUUAUGUUCUCUGAAGACCUCCAAUCGGAGUGUCUCUGAGUCCCUUUCCCUUAGCCUGUGGGCGCUUAGCUGGAUCUUGGGACUAAGGAGAGAGAACUACGGGUGUCUCCCAGCUUCCCACUCACUGUCCAUGGUUCAAGGUCCAGUGACAUAGAUGAGUGCACAGAAUGACACCUGUCAAACCAAGGAGUCGGUGGUGACCUAAGGAGCCCUUCACGGCCCGCCCUCAAGUAUCUUAGUCACAGAGAAAAAUAAGAGGCUGUGUUUAUAUUCUACCAGGCAUUGUGCCAGUUGGGCGAAACCUAAAAUGCUUUGGGCACAGGUUGUGCCCAGGUGCAAGCAUUUAAUCACAUGAGGCUUUGUUUCUUACACUUGUAAGUUGUGGGAGAAAGGACAGAGCAUCUGAUUCACACAUUGAUCAUACAUCAGAUCUCACACAAGUAGGCAUAUACUUCAGAUUUUUAAAAUAUAGACUGAUUUAGUACCAUCUGGAAUUGUAUUUGAUGAAUUGCUUUUUUGAUUAAAGGGUCAAAGAAGCCAGCAUUUUUUUGUCACUAGCUGAAAGAUUUUGUUAGUUCAUGCUUGAAAAUAGCACAACCUGUCUUACAUCUAAAAAGCCUGAGACAGGACUGCAAGAUGGCUCAGUGAGUAAAGGUGCUUGCUGCCAAGACGGCUGGCCUAAACUUGAUUCCCUGAACCUACAGGGUAGAAGGAGGGAACCGACUGCUGCAGUUUGUCCAUCACACAUGCACACACACACUAGAUAAGUACACGAAUAUAAAAUUAAACAAGCCCAUCAACAUUAGCAACCAGAAGCUUGAGAUGGCUUCAGUGGGUCCUUAGGGUCUAGUGCAAGUGACCCUCUGCUGUCUCUUUGUCUGUGCCUCAUCCAGCUCUUUCUGUGGGGAAAGUGGCUGUGCUUUUAAACUCUGAAUUAAGUAAAGCCCCGAGGUUAGAAGAAGGCACAAAAGUCAGAGAGGAUCCUUCGCUGUCUUCAUGUCUGAGUUCUGCCCAUCCCCUGUGGUGAUGGGGAGCAGUGUGGUGGCCUUGUGUCUCGUGUUAGCUGUGUCAGCAGGGCUGAAGUGUGGUGUUCCUCUCAGAGGCUGACCUUAGGGAUGGAGACUAUGAAGAGGUUCCAGAUGACACAUUCUUUCCAGCUUCCCUGUGCUGGUAACUAUGGUCUAAACAGUAAAGAAUCAAGGGAUUCUAUCCUCUUGUUUAAAAUUUUUAUCCCCUUAAAAAUCUUUGUCCUUCGCAAAUUGGUUUUAUGACCAGCAUCAUCUUUCUGCACAGAGAAAGAUGCUCAUGGGGCUAUACUAGGUCUAGGGUUAAGGGUCACAGGUUUUUUGUUUGUUUGUUUGUUUUUUAAGAUUUAUUUAUUUAUUAUGUAUACAAUGUUCCUCCUACCUGUUCACCUGCACACCAGAAGAAGGCACCAGAUCUCAUUAUAGAUGGUUGUGAGUCACCAUGUGGUUGCUGGGAAUUGAACUCAGGACCUCUGGAAGAACAGCCAGUGCUCUUUACCUCUGAGCCAUCUCUCCAGCCCAUGGGUCACAGUUUUUAAGGAGUUGGUUGUAUGACUCAGGUUAACCCUACUGUGUUCAUAUAGACAUAUGAUUUGGAUGUGACUAGUUAAAAAAUAAUCAACUUGGUAAAAUCUCUUUACUUUCUGAUCAACACAGAAUUAUUACCUGCUGUUUGUGCUCUGAAAGAGUUUCCAAAAUCAGAGCCAGUGUCUCUGGGUAAACUCAGCUCCUUGUGAUAUGCUUCCCCACAAUCUGUAUGGUGUCAUAGCCACUCCACUAGGAAACUUCCUUUUUGGCAGAAUGUUUGGCAGGAAAGCUGUAGAGACAGGUGCAUUCAGAACAGCCUGGGCACCAGCCGCAAGUUUUUCCGAGCGUCAGAAGGCUGGAAGCACUUGCUGAGAACCAGAUGUGCUCCACUGGAAAAGCCCUCGGUGGAGCUAAGCCUCUUGGACUCUUCCUCCUAGAUAUGGCUUUUCAUUUCCCUUCCCAUCUCCAUAAAAGACGAUGACAGCCACCGUAGAUCUUCACUGUUCAGUGGCAGGGAGGGUCACCGCUCCUCUGUGAUCUCAGAGCCAUAACUGCAAGUCUCUAGGCUGUGUUCUGUUCCUGGUGGAGCUGGAAGCAGAUGGACGCUGGUAGAGAAGCUAGAUCUUAGAAAGAGCGAGCCUUUGGGGUCAGAGGCUAGACCAGCGUUUGGAGGAAGCCUGGAGUGGACCGGAAAGAUCUUCGUUGGUUGCCCAAAGGUGUAAGUAGCAACAGCCCCAGUGGUGCAUGUUGUAUGUAAGUCCUGAUGUGCAGGGCUGUUGUUUUCCCAAGGUGAGAAGUCAGUUUUAGCUCAGGCCAGCCCAUAGGAGAACCUUUGUCAGGUUGUAUUGACAAUAUUGGGACACAUUUAGAAAGGUUCCUGAUUGAAUUAGGUUUAGAAUUUAACAUCGUUUGUAAUUUACUACAUUGUUUUAUCAAUUACAGCAUCGUCUGACUUCUUCUCUGGUGUGAUUCCUCAGCACACAAGUUACUCUUGCACAUAUACUGAAGUGGCUUUUCAGCUACAACCUCCUUAGGGUAUAGACUAUUUACCAAAUGUGAAUUCUUUUCAGAGCGUGUGAAGUUAUAUAGAAACUGACUGUGAAAUGUCAGAGGAAAAAAAUAAAAGUCACUUACUUGAAAACUA